CUUCCGAUCGAAGAUCUUCCUGACUGGGCCCAGCCAGCGUUUGCAGGUGCGACGCAUUUGAACACGAUCCAGAGUAAAGUCUACAAGGCUGCUUUUCGUGGCAACGCUAACCUGCUUAUGUGUGCACCCACAGGAGCCGGCAAGACGAAUGUGGCGCUUCUGACGGUUUUGAAGCUGAUACACCAGAAGUUAGCUGAUAACGACGGAAAGUUGGAGCUCUUUCCAGACUUGGCAGGUGGAGGGAAGAAAGGCAAGGGGAAAAAGGUACUACCUCCGCUUCUCUUCGUGACGAGGUUAACUCUCUCUCCCUUUCUCUCGUUACCAUUUCUGGUACUAAUCUCGCGCUUAAUAACGCGUUACUAUCUUCGUUCGUAUUUUCGCGCUUAACGCGUUACUAUCUUCGUUAGUGUUUUCGCGCUUAACGCGUUACUAUCUUCGUUCGUGGUUCCAUGCAAGAAGGAACCAAGAACAUCAGCAUCCAGCACUCUCUUCAAGAUAAAUGAAUCGACUAGGGCAAAAAGGGCAAAGGAGGUGACGACGACGAUGCCGCUCCGGGUGUUUUCAAGAUGGUCUACCUUGCUCCGAUGAAGGCUCUUUGUGCGGAGGUUGUGGAGAAGUUUUCUUCCAAAUUGGCUCAUUUGGUUAAGGCUCAACUUUCAAUGGUCACCAUUUAGAUUGGAGUCACCAUUUAGAUUGGAAGAGGCGGCCCCUUGUUGAGAGAACCCCCAACAGGGAAAUAAACGAAGGGACGCACAAAGGGGAGAGCUUUGAAGGGGGGUCUCUUCCCUUUGUUCCCUUCGUUUUUUUCCCUGUUGGUUCUCUCAACAAGGGGCCGCCUCUUCGAUCUCAGUGACUCCAAUCUAAAUGGUAACCAUUGAGUGCUGAGCUUUAAUUUGGGCAUCCAAGUCCGCGAAAUGACGGGAGAUAUUAGCCUGAGUAAACAGGAGUUGGACCGAACACACGUGAUCGUGACUGUCCCCGAGAAAUGGGAUGUGAUGACCCGCAACACAACUAGUGGCGGAGGCUCUGGCGAUGAGCACUCGAUUCAGCGACUCACGGAGUUAGUCAUCAUUGAUGAGAUCCAUCUUCUCCACGAGAAUCGUGGCGCAGUGAUCGAGUCUGUGGUCGCGCGAACGUUGAGAUACCAAGAAGCCACUGGACACACCUGCCGUUUAGUGGGUCUAUCUGCCACGUUGCCAAAUUUUGGCACCGUUGGAGACUUCCUUCAUUGUCCACCAGAAAACAUCUUCUACUUUGACGGAAGUUACCGCCCGAUUCCUCUAGAACAGACCUUCAUCGGCAUUAGGAAGAAAGCAUAUUCGAAAAGCAAAGCCGCAGAACAGAUGAAAAUCAAGCAACAGAUGGACGAGCUAUGCUUUGAAGAAAUCCUUUCAGCAGUAGCGCAAGACCACCAAUGCAUGAUCUUUGUGCACAGUCGAAAAGACACCUACACAACGGCGAUCAAAAUGAGUGAACUCGCUUCUCAAAGAAACAAGAGUCUGGCCUUUCAGAACGCCAAAGAAUCUACCUGCAAAGACCAAAAGACGUUUGGCAGAUGGGUCAAGGAAGCGGAAAAAGCUAAGUCCAAGGAAGUCCGCGAAUUAUUCUGGAAGGGCUUCGGUGUUCAUCACGCGGGCAUGCUCCGAGGGGAUCGUAGCACGACGGAACAAAUGUUUUUCGAUGGCGCGAUCAAAGUCCUGGUCUGUACAGCGACUCUAGCCUGGGGCGUCAACCUGCCUGCGCGCAAAGUCGUGAUCAAGGGAACGCAGAUCUAUAUGCCGGAUAAAGGCGGCUUCAACGACAUCGGAAUUCUAGAUGUCAUGCAGAUCUUUGGCCGAGCUGGGCGACCUGGGUUGGACACGAUGGGCCAAGCGACGUUGAUCACAGAGAAAACCGAGGCCAUGGACAGCUAUUUGCGAAGGCUAAACCAUCAAGUUGCCAUCGACAGUAAGUUCCUAGGCACGUUUGCAAACGCUUUGAACGCUGAAGUUGCCAUGGGGAAUCUUCACUCUCUUCAAGACGGAGCGGAAUUUUUGACCUACACCUACCUGUACCAACGCGCGAAGCAGUCGCCAGUAGAGUUUGGCCUAAGUCAGGAACAGCUUCUGACAGACCCGCAAUUAAAACGGGCGCGGCGAACCUGGUGCAAAGUUAAGGUCAACAUUUUUUAGUGUGCAUCUUUCUCGGCAUCUUGGUGCCCUUUUGUUCCCUUGUAUUCUCAUGAAAUACAACAAGGUCCAAGGGGUGGCCCAGAUGCGAGGGCCGAGAUGCAAGCUAGCAGACUCUAACAAAGAAGCGGCUCAAAAACUCAAUGACGCCAGGCUGAUACGCGUCGACGCCAGUGACAACUACUACAGUACGGAUCUGGGUCGGGUGGCCGCGAAGUACUACCUGGAUUACGAGACAGCAGAGAAUUUUUCGAAGAACAUGACGACGCACUUCAAGGAUGAGCAAAUUUUGUUACUCUUUGGCGAGGCGACGGAGUUUAAGCAACUGAGAGUGCGUGAUGACGAAGUGUCCGAACUCGAUGCCUUGAGGUCUGACAAAGAUUAAGGCUACCUAUAGUGCAUCCUCUUCCCCAGCGCCAUCCUUGCUUGGCUCUUCUAUUUUCUACUUGAAAAUAAAGAAGGCAACAUAACAAGGAUGCUCCUCCCAGGUGGGAUGCGAUUGCGAAGGCGGUAGCUCUAAAGAGAGGUCUGCAAGGUGAAAAUCACUGGGCCAAUCGACACUCCAGCCAUGAAAGUCGCUGUCCUACUUCAAGCUUGGCUAUCCAGGAAGAUGAUCCAAUCUUUCUCGCUUUCCUCAGACGUGAACUUCAUCACGCAAAGCGCUGGGCGGUUGUUUCGCGCCAUGUUCGAGAUCACGUUGACGCGCGUGACGGGACUGAGCAAUAUGAGCGAAUCGCUGUUGGAGUGGACCAAGCGGAUGGAAUAUCGGAUGUGGCCGGAUCAGCAUAUGCUCCGCCACUUCUGCUACGCGCCAACGUGGAACCGCAAGGACAAGCAAGGACUGGUUGGCGGUGUUUUGAUUAUGGCUCUCAAGUGUUCGGUUUAUUCUUUGAUCAGAAAUUUUGACUUUUUGUGAAGUAGUUCAAGUUCUCAGUACUUCUGAACAUUGAGAGUGAGAAUGAUUCAGAAGGAUUCGUCUCUAAGUCCGAAGAAGACACCUGCGACCGGUUAGAACAGAAGCGGCAUAUUGCGGAUUGGGAGGCCUUGUGGGAUAUGGAAUGGGACGAACUCAGCUACCUGAUCCCCAACCGUCAAGAAGCUACCGCCGUUUGGAAGUACACGUAUCGCGUACCUUACUUGUCUGUGCAACACACGGUGACGCCUGUGACUGGGAGCAUCAUGCGCAUCAGGCUGAAUAUCAAGCUUCAUGAGCAUUGCGAAUGGAGCGACAAUUGGAGUGGGUCGUUCGAGCCUUGGUUUAUCUGGGUGGAAGAUCCUAGAGCCAAGGAUAUUUUGCAUUCGGAGGAAUGGAAACUGCGGAAGACGGAGAAAGACGAAGAAGCCGUUGUCUCCUUUGUAAUCCCGCUACAACAACCCCAUCCUCCGCAGUACGUGAUUACGAUUAUUUCGAGUCGUUGGGUCGGGUUGAAAACAGUGAUGGAAUUUUCCGUGAGCCACCUGUUACUCCCAGCUGGUGGGGAGAACAUGCACACGCCAUUGUUGGAGUUGUUUCCUCUACCGAAAACGGCUUUACAAAACCGAAACUACGAAAACCUGUACAACUUCUCGCACUUCAAUCCAGUGCAAACACAGGUCUUUCACACGUUGUAUCAUACGAAUCACAACGUUUUGGUGGGAGCCCCAACAGGAUCUGGUAAAACGAACAUGGCUGAACUAGCGAUACUGCGGUUGUUCAACUUAUGGAAGGAUAUCAACGUCUGAAACUACAAUAGGAACCUGUUCGUAUAUAGUACAUUCAAAGUCCUCGUGCACUUUCUCUUAUUUCUCUCUAGAAGCGCUGAAUCAACAUAGUUGAUCUUGAUAUAUUUGCGAAUCGUAAAUCAUGUGCACUUCAAGAAGCUGAUUAUUUCUCUUCUUUCCUCCUCUAAGGCCGCACGCUCCCGAGCAAAAGGUCAUCUACAUUGCGCCACUCAAGGCUCUCGCCAAAGAACGGAUGACCGACUGGAGUACGCGAUUUGGCAAGAAACUUGGCAAGAGCAUUGUCGAACUGACGGGUGAUUUCACUCCGGAUGUCACAGCUUUAGACGCAGCCCAACUGAUCAUCACUACACCCGAAAAGUGGGAUGGUAUCUCACGACACUGGCAGUCACGUGCGUACGUGCAAAGAGUGGGUCUUGUGGUGAUCGAUGAGAUCCACUUGCUGGGACAGGAUCGAGGACCUGUUUUGGAAGUGAUUGUCUCCCGAAUGAGAUACAUCUCCGCGAAUUUGGACGUGCCAAUCCGCUUUGUGGGGUUGUCGACUGCAUUGGCGAAUUCCCAUGACAUCGCGGAUUGGUUGGGCAUCGGCAUGGUGGGGUGCUUCAACUUCAAACCUUCGGUUCGGCCAGUGCCGAUGACAGUCCACAUCCGCGGCUUCCCGGAGAAGCACUACUGUCCCCGAAUGGCCACCAUGAAUCGUCCUUGCUACGACGCGAUCAAGAACCACUCGCCGACGAAGCCAACACUGAUCUUUGUGUCGUCGCGCCGUCAGACCAGGUUGACGGCAUUGGACAUCAUCGGUUUGAUGAACGCGGAUGAGCAAGCUGAAGCAGCAAGAGCAGAGAUGGAGGCUGAUGCGGCCAGUAUGGCUUUGGCUGCUGGCGCGGGAGGAAUGAGCUAUGCAAAAGUAGCGGGGAUGAACACAGGUACUAUGAUAUUUAUAAAUAUUUAA